AAAUGCAAAUCCGGUUAAAAUAUAUUGAUUUAAAUUGUAAGAAUUUAAGUAUUGUCUGAUAUCAUUGAUUAGACUGUUCUUUGAUUAACUUGUUGUAUUAUUCUUGUGGGAUUAAUUUAGUUUUUCUAAUUGUUGGUUUUAAGCAACAAGAAAGGGAAGCUACUAGAAGGGGGAGAUUCUAGUGUUGUGGGUGGAGCAAAGAGUAAAGCUUGUUACUGUAGCUUGGUUUGCUGGAUCAAAGCAACGUGUUUGUGUGAUAAUUGUAUUGUUGUCGCCUUUCUUGUUUUGCCUUGAUUAACCAUUUUAUUUCAAAUUUAACAAUUUAUUUGACAGUGAAAGUGAUACUUCUUCUGACACCAUGAAUUUACCUGUGAAAUAUAAUGAUUUUCAGUUGAUUGUAAUCAACUGCUUAAAUGAAAAUAAUGACAUUCGUACGGAUGCCGAGGAUAAAUAUGAGAAAGUUCCGGUUCUCAACAAGAUUGAAUUUCUUCUUCAAAUCAUAUCUGAAAAGACUAUGGCUAGAGAGGUUUCUCAAUUAUGUGCUGUAUUAUUGAGACGAAUGUUUUUCGCCAACUACGAUACUAUCGAGGAAGUUAUGACACCUGAAAUUCUUGAGCAGAUUAAAAAUCAAAUUUUACUCCUCUUAAAAAAUCCACAGGAUGCUAGUUUACUGAAAAAAAUGUGUGAAGUUGCAGCUGAAUUGGCUAAAAGGCUAAUAGACGAAAGAAAUCAGAAUCAUUGGCCAGAAUUAUUGAAAUACAUGUUUGAAUGUGUUAAUUCACAAGACCUAGUUUUAAAAGAAUGUGCCUUGAACCUGUUGUCGCUGGUUCCAGGGAUAUUUGGAAAUGAAUUAGAACGAUAUCUAGAAGUUAUUCGACAAAUGUUAUACCACUGUUUGACGGACAAUAAUUUAAAUUUAGACAUUCGGACCGCUGCUGUCAAAGCAACUUCUGCGUUUAUUUUGCACCAUGAAAAUAAUAAAAAAGUAACCCAGCAUCUUUCCGACUGUGCUGUACCCAUGAUACAUUUAAUCGUCUCAACAAUCUCCUUGGACGGAGAACACUGUGAUACUAUCCUUAAAGCAGUGACUGAUAUUGCUGAAAAGUGUCCUCAAUUUUUGAGAGCUCGAACUGAAGAUCUCAUCCAACUCUGUCUCGAAGCCUUAAGAGGAGCGGAUAUUAUGGAUACUCGUAAACAUCUCUGUAUUGAAAUUGUGAUUUCAUUAGCCGAGAACGCUCCACAGACAAUAAGGAAACGCGGAACUCCUUAUUUGGGCCAACUAGUCUCGCAUCUAUUGCUAAUGAUGACAACUAUUGAAGAAGAUCCUGAAUGGGGAAAUGUGGAUGUCAUAGAAGAUGAUGAUUUUGAAAGCAAUCACGUUAUUGGCGAAACAUCGCUAGAUCGAUUGGCUUGCUCUAUUGGUGGCAAAACCAUAUUACCUCUCGUUCUUGAAAAUAUUUCUACUAUGCUUCAAAAUCCUGAUUGGCGUCAUCGUUUUGCAGCUAUGAUGGCUGUUUCAGCGGUUGGAGAAGGCUGUCAUGAUCAAAUGUUGCCUAUGUUGCCUAAAAUUGUUUCUGGAAUUCUUCCUUUCUUGUCUGAUGCACAUCCUCGCGUCCGUUAUGCUGCUUGUAAUGCUCUUGGUCAAAUGGCGAGUGACUUUGCUCCUGAUUUCCAAGAAAAGUUCCAUAAUGUAGUAGUUCCCAGCUUAUUAACACUUUUAGACGAUCAGAUGAACCCAAGAGUCCAAGCUCAUGCCGGUGCUGCAUUAGUUAACUUUUUCGAGGAAUGUCCACCAAAGAUUGUUGCAAUUUACCUAGAACAAUCAGCAGCUAAAUUAGAAGGUCUGAUCAAUAUGAAGAUUAAUGAAUUGAUGAGUAAAGGAACCAAACUUGUUCUUGAACAAGCCGUUGUUACACUUGCUUCACUUGCUGAUUCAGCUCAAGAGUAUUUUGAAAGAUACUAUGAUAAAUUUGUGCCAUGCCUUAAAGCAAUUAUAAAGAUGGCAACCACCGAUGAAUUAAAAAUUCUUAGGGGAAAAGCCAUUGAGUGUAUAAGUUUAAUUGGAUUAGCUGUUGGAAGAGACCGUUUUUGUGCUGAUGCUAGUGAAGUUAUGGACAUGUUACUUCGAACACAAACUGGAGAAGAACAAUUAGCUGAGGACGAUCCACAACUCGCAUACAUGAUAUCCGCUUGGGCUCGAAUCUGUAAAAUCCUUGGUUCUCAGUUCGAACCUUAUCUUCCCUAUGUUAUGCCGCCGGUUCUAAAAGCUGCUUCAUACCAAAUUCAAAUGCACCUUUUGGAUGAUGAAGAUACUAUUGUUGAAAAAGAUUGGAGUCGCCUAACUAUUGAUCAGUCACAGGUGGGAAUAAAAACAAGUGGCUUGGAAGAUAAAGCUACAGCUCUCCAAAUGUUAGUCUGUUAUGCGCGAGAAUUGAAACAAAAUUUCGCCAAUUACGUUGAAGAUGUUGUUAAAGUUGUGGUUCCCGAACUCAAAUUUAUCUUCCAUGAUGGUGUUCGAACAGCAGCCGCUGAAAUUUUACCUUACCUUUUGGAAAGUGCCAAAGCUCGUGGUAAAGAGUACGUUAACGGUAUGUGGAAAUACAUUUUCCCUGAAUUAAUGCAUGCCAUAGAAACUGAACCAGAAAGAGAAGUUUUGUCCGAGCUUAUGGCAUCCCUUGAUACUUGUAUUACUGAUCUUGGACGAGAAUUUUUAUCAGAUGACCAAUUGGAAGCUAUUGUGAAAGUUCUUGAUGAGCAUUUGAAACAAUACUUCGAACGAUGUGAAGAACGUUCCGAAAAAAGAAAAGAUGAAGAUUAUGAUGAAGGAGUUGAGGAGACUCUUGUAGAAGAGGAUGACGAAGACGUUUUCAUUCUAAGCAAAGUAGCAGAUGUUUUACAUGCUUGUUUCUCUGUCUGUAAAGACUAUUUCUUGCGAUAUUUCGAUGCAAUUGUGCAUCAUUUUGUUAAGUUAGCGGGAAGUGAUAGAGCAUGGACAGAACAACAUUGGGCUAUUUGCGUUAUGGAUGACGUGAUUGAACACGGUGGACCCGGAUGUGAAAAAUAUAAAGAUUUUUUCAUUCCUUUGUUAGGCAAUGGAGUGCAAAGCACUUAUCCUGAAAUUAGACAAGCUUCUGCCUAUGGUUGGGGAGUUUUAGCUCAAUACGGAGGUCCUAACUUUGCUAGUGUUUUUUCUGUUUGUGUACCUAUUUUGACGCAAAUGAUUCAAGCUCCUGAUGCACGAGAAGCUCCAAACAUUAACGCAACUGAAAACGCAAUCGCUGCUAUAACCAAGAUACUUCAAUUUAAUAGCAGUCAAGUUAAUGUAAAUGAACUAUUACCACUUUGGUUUUCCUGGUUACCCGUUUGGGAAGAUGAAGAAGAAUUGCCUCAUGUCUAUGGAUUUCUUCUAUAUCUUAUCGAACAUAAUCACCCAAUCAUCAUGGGCGAAAACAAUUCCAAUCUUCCUAGAAUAGUUUAUAUAUUUAUGGAAGUAUUAGCCCGAAAUGCUAUUACAUUGUCUUCUGAUGUUGGACAAAAAAUUAUAGCUUUAAUGAACUCUCUAAAGAAUGAUGCACUGCUUUUCCAAAGAUGCGUAGAAUCAUUGAAUACUCAACACCAAGAAGGUUUGAAGCAAGUUCUUGCGUACCCAGGAGAUCAAUAAUUCAAUUAUUUAUAUUUUGAACAAAAAAAAUAAGAAACAGUUAAUGAUUAUGUUGGAUAUCAUAAUUUAUUCGAGGUUGUUAAAACUUGAAAAUGAAAAUUUUCAAAUUGGAUUAACAUUUAACUCAUAAAAACUUCUUUUAUCUUGCAAAAAAUAUUGACGCCAAAACUCAGCGUAAUUCUCCACUUUCACUUUCCAAUCUGUUUUUCGAUCAUAUCCAUUAAAAAAUUCAUUAAUGUAAAUUUUACAAUACAAUGGUCAAUAGUUUAUCGACUAAGUCAAAUAAGCAAAGAAUUUGUGAAGU